CGCGAACAGCCCAUUUGAUUGCGAGCAAGGCGUUGCAAGGCGUUCUCGCGACCAAGCGUCCGGACGUGGCCUCGACGAGGCCCACUUCCGAGCACUCGGAGGCUGCCCGAGCGGCAACGGACAAGAGCAGCCCCAUGGGCAGACCAUGAACAGCCUGUUAUGGACGCUCGCGGCGGCGGCGUCGGCGGAGGUGGUGCGCCUCGGCUACUUUGGGGAAGCGCAGCCGUUCCAGGUCGCGUGCGCGCGCGGCUGGUUCGACUUUUCUGAUGUGGAGGUGGCGUGCCUGCCGCAGGCGAGCGGCGGCUUCGUGGUCUCGAAGCUGGACGAAGGCGACCUCGAGGUGGCGCUGCUCGGGUCGACGCCCGCGGCCUUCGCCGUCGCGCGGGGCGUCGACAUCAAGCACUUAUACGUGGCCCACGAGAAGGGCUCGUCGCAGGGGUUGUUGGUGCGGCCCGAAAUCCAAUCGCCGCCGGACCUCGACGGGCGGACGUUCGGCACGCCCUUUGGCUCGACGGCGCACUACCACAUGAUGUACAUCCAGACGCUGUUCCCGGACGUGAGAUUUGACAUAAUCGAUUUAAACGGGCUGAACCCCCUGGACCUGUACGACGCCGGCACGAUCGACGGCGCCUUCGUCUGGGGCGGCUGGAUCGACGGCCUGGUCCAGCGCAACGCCACGAUGCUCUUCCCGGCGCGGGGCGGUGCGCGAAUCAAAUUUCACGGCACCUUCAUGCGCGUCGAUAGCGUCCGGAUGGCCCGCAGCGAUGGCUGGACGCCGUCGACGCGGGUCCACCGCCACCAAGAGAGAGAGAGAAGAGAGAACGAGAGAUGGCACCGUCGACGCAACACCGCGAGAGGAAGGCUCACGAAAAACAAACAGGCGCAAGUGCUCAGCGACUGGGGCAAGCCCACGUUCAACACGAUCAGCGCGCGCGCGGACUUCGCCGCGCGGCGGCCCGACGUCCUCGAGCGCGUCGCGGGCGUCAUCGCGCGGCUGGACGCGGACUACCUCGACGACGCCUCGACGCGCUGGGGCGCGGGCGCGGGCGGCUUCGUGGCUGACGUCGCGGCCGCGUACGGCGCCUCGGCCUCGCCGACGCAGGCCGAGCUCGACACGGCGGCGGCGGGCCUCUCGUACUUCUCCUUCGUUUCUCCAGAUACGAUGCAGGGCCCGGAUUAUCUCGGAGGAGGCAUCGCCGCGGCGCUCAAGGCGACGGCGCGGUUCCACCUCGAAACGAACACCGUCGCGGCGGUCGCGCCGGCGGGCACUGUCGACGAGGACGCGUUCUACGCGGCGACGACUUCUGCUCAAUCUCUCGCGGACGGCCUCGCUAGCAUACCGGCUAGCGUCCUCGACACGGCCGGUACGGGCGUCACGUCAAUACCAGAAAGCGCCGACUCGACCUGCUCUGGCACAGUGGAUUUGACGGCGACGACUGGAACGUUGACCGAUGGUGCCACGACAUCAUACUCGAACAACCUCGCGUGCGAGUGGCGCAUCGCGUCCGGCGGCGUCGUCGAGCUGACGUUCACCGUGUUUCGCGUCUGGACGGGCGACUUCGUCGAGGUCUUCGACGGCUCGACGCUCGUCGCGAAGCUCCACGGCUUCGACCGCGCCUGGCCGCCGCUGCGUACGACCGGCGACAUGACCGUCAAGUUCACGACGGACGGCGUCACGGAGCGCGCCUUCAACUACUUGUUGACGGACGGCUGGAGCGCUUCCUACGACGCGGAAGCUUUGGUGUGUGCCGCCGACCACUCGACCUGCGGCAAUGGAAAGUGUGACGCCGCCUCGGGCCUCUGCACGUGCGACGCGGGCUACGGCGGCGCCGACUGCUCGCUCGCGACCUGCCUCGGCACGACGACGCUGACGGGCCCGACGGGCGAAUUCCGCUCGUCGCCGACGGCGCCCGACCGCGACGAGCCGUACCCCAACUCGGCCGAGUGCCACUUCGUCGCGGACGUCGGGACGAGCUUCGGGUAUGUGUCCUUCACUGUCACGUACGACGUCGAGCCGACCUUUGACUUUGUAUCUGUAAACAGCGGUGACGUUACCUGGGCGCGCCUCUCCGGCGAAGACACGGCCACGAUCCUGGUGCCGACGACGGACGGCAAGGCCAGCCUGGUCUUUACGUCGGAUUCGAGGGGCCGGCGCGGCGGGUUCAGUGCGACCUACGUUGCCAAAAGCGUCACCUGUGCGAGUAACGCGGACUGCGGCGGCCACGGGACAUGCGACGACGGAGGAACGUGCGUCUGCGACACAGGCUACGGCGGGCUCGCCUGCACCGUGCCGCACUGCCUUGAUGGUGCGCCUAAGGUCACGGGCGAAUCGAUGGUCAUGGUCUCGCAGGCGCCGGGCGAGCCGGUGCCCGCCGCGGCGGACUGCACCUGGGAGUUCCAGGCCGCCGCGGGUCGAAGCGUCCGCGUCGUCGUGGAGACGCUAGACCUCGAGCCGUAUCGGUCGGCCGCGAAGGAGGGCGACAUGGUGGUCAUCCGGAGCACCGGUGCCACCGACAUAGAGCUCACAAGUACUUCCUUCCAAAAGUCCUACGACAUCGCGUCGUCGGGCAUCAGCGUCUCCCUCGAGACGGACAGGAACGACGUCGGCGAGACGUACACCGGCCUCGCAGCGACCGCGUACGCCGUCGACGCGUGCCCCGUCGUUGGCGGCGAGUGUGAGGAGCAGGGCUUCACGUGCGAGCCGACGAGCGGGUUACAGGGCCCGGGCUGCUACGACGGGGGUCGCGCGGUGGGCUGCGCAUGCGACUUGACGGGGUGCCCGGAGGGCAGCUUCUUCGACGAAUCGACGGGAGGCUGCGAGGCCUGUCGCCCCGGGACGUUCAAGAGCGCGACCGGCCCGACGCCCUGCGAGCCGUGCCCAAAGAAUUUCUACGCGCCCGAGAGCGGCGCGGCCAUGUGCUGCCGGCAGGGAUGGGUCCUGGUGGAUGGGUUCUGUCGACAGUGCGGGCAGAACGUGGGUGCUUAUGUGCUGAAGGGCGCAAGGUGCAACGCGGCGAACGGCACGACCGUGGCGACGCUCGAGGUCAAGGAACACUUCUUUCGUUUCAGUCCCGAGUCGACGUCCGUCUAUCGAUGUCCGGAAGACGACGACGCCUGUCGGGGCUCUUCUCCGGGACUGGAGGGGUAUGGUAACGGUCUCUGCAAAACCCACGCCCACGGCCCGCUGUGCAUGCUAUGCCGGUCGGGUUACUUUCGCAAUAGCAAAACCAAGGAGGAUCUCAAAGCAGUGUCCGAGUGCGUACGCUGCGACAGGAUCGGCGAGCAAAUGAAACAACUUUUAACUGUCCUGCUGAUGAUCGUCGCGUGGGCGCUCGUCAUCCUCGGCAUACGGCGGCUCCGGAGCCGCUUCAACCGCCAGUGGUUCGAAGCGGUGCUGAUCCAGUUUGUCUACUUCGCCAUGACGAUGUCGCGCUUCGUCUCCAUCCACCAAGUUCCCCUUCCAGGAUUUUCCCAAUUGGUCAUGCGCGCCCUCGACGUCUUCACGUUCGACCUGUCGUCGCUUCACAGCAUCGCGCAGUGCUACAGAACGUACAACUAUUUCCAUUUCCUGAUGUUGGCGACGCUUGGGGCACCGGCCUUACUGCUCGUCUUCAUCGUUUGUGCCGUCGUCCGCGCGGUCGCGCGCGUCGUGGCGUGCGGCGCUCCCGCGGCACCGCAGAACGCCCUCGCGGAAGAAGGCGCGGCGGCGGAGGCCGUCCCGCUCCAUCGGAGAGUCGCAGCGGCCGUGCGCCAGGACCUGGGCGGCGUGCUCUCCAAGUGGAUGCUGCUGAUCAGCCUGUUCCACAGCGCCAUCUGCUGCGCCAUCUUCCAGAUAUUCAACUGCACCGUGAAGUACGAACCCUUCGACCGCAAAUUCCUGGUCAGCGACUACAGCAUCCGGUGCUCCGGGCCGGGCUACGAGGCCCACAAGGCGUACGCGAUUGUCUGCGCGGUGAUCUACGUCACGUUUCCGCUGUGCCUGUUCCUCGUGCUGUGGCGGCCGCGCCGGCUCGCCGCCGGGGGGGAGGAGCAGCGCAAGGACCCGCGCCACGUCGAUGACGGCGCGCUGGCGUUUCUGACGAAUAACCUCAAGGCGGAGUACUGGUGGUUCGAGGUCCUAGCCAUCUUCCUGCGGUCGCUCGUGACGGGGUUCUUCCGGUUCAAGGCGGACGUCAAGAUCUCCAUCGUGCUCUGCCUCAUCGUCACGAUCAUCCACCGGACGUUCGUGCUGCAGCUGAAACCCUACGCGUCGUCGGGCCUGCAGCACGUCGUCGAGGCGCUGAUGCGGUUCGCGCUCUCGAUCGUGCUGCUCUCGGUCUGCCUGGUCGGCGACUUGAUCGAGGACAGCAAAGACGCGUUAUGGAUGGUCACGCUCGUCUUCCUGCUGAACGUGGCCUCGCUCCCCCUCGCCUACCAGGCGUUCGUGUCGGAGAGCUACCGGGGCGUCGCCCGGCGGCUCCAGGCGCACGAGCCCGUCGAGGCCGAGGAGGUCGAGGAGCUGCUGCGGAGCGCGCACGCGGAGGCGAUCCGCGAGGACGUCCGCAAGAGGUCGAGGCAAAUUCUCAGGGAGGCGUUCGACGGCAAGCUCAGGGACGAGUCCUGGACGUACUUCACCGGGACGCUGCUGGCGCUCGAGGGCGUCUGGGCGCCCGAGGUGCACGCCGAGGAGGUGCUGCAGUGGCACGUGGAGUCGAUGCUCGCCCGCGCGAAGAAGGCGGGCGGGGACGGUGCCAUCGACGCCGGCGCCGUCGAGCGGUCCGUGGAUAUCGUCGCCGGUCCGCUCGCCGCGACACUGACGGAAGAGUGCCUGAGCCCGACCGCGGCCUUCGAGCGGCUCCGGCGCGCGCAGCCACCGGGCGGCGCCCCGAUCACCCUCCUGCGCGUCUACGCCGAGGUGCUGAAGCCCUUCUUCGAACUCGACGACCAGCACCCGCAGAAGCUAUGGCAUUCGCGGAAAGAGAACCCCGUGCUCCACCUGGCGGCCCUGGCGAGGAACAAGUCUGACCAAAUAUCGACCUCUCUCGCCAACUUGCAUUCGCCCCCCAAGUCGCCGACGUCGCCGUCUUCGUUCAGCUUGUCGCGCUCGUCGUCCGGAGUGUCCUCGGCACGCUCGCUGCUGCGGGAGGCGUCGGAUCCCGACGACGUCGCGCCGACGCGCGAGGAAAAUCUCGCCUCGGGCCUGGCGAAGUUCCGGCGGGCGGCGACGAAGAUCCAAAUUGUCCGCGCCUUCGCAUCCGCGCGGGAGCCGCGGCGCCUCGAGCGGUUCGUGGACCUGGCGCUCAUCGCGCACGACCUGAACCAGCAGGCCCAGGCGCGCAUCGCGGAGGCAGCAGCCAAGGUCCUCGACGAGCCCCGGGGCGCCGACGUCGUCGCGCUCAAGUCUUUCGACAACGGGACGGACCAGCCGGCGCUGCGGAGCGCCGAGCUCGUCGCCUUCAAGGAUAAGGUGGGCGGCGCCGCGCUCGAGUCCGAGCUCGACGCGAGCGUCUGCGUCGGCGCGCUCCACGACCUGGCGAACGCCGCGUUUCCCGCCUUCAAAAAAGCGCUGGAGAAGCUCUUUCCCCCGGGCACGGAGGGCGUCGAGCUCGAGUGUGCCGCGGACGUCGCCAUUAAAAAGAAGACGCGCAUGCGCGCCAAGGUCGACGAAUAUCGCCGCGAGGCCAAGCCCUGGCCGCGCGCGGAAAAGCUGGGCGACUGCCUCCGAGCCUCCGUGGUCGUCGCCGGAGCGGAGCAGGUUGUCGCGGCGUACGAAGCGCUCGCGAAAGAUGACAUUUUCAAGGUCGUCCGCCUCAAGAACAAGCUCGCGGGGCGCGUAAAGCCGUUCAACUUGCUCGUCAACCUCGCGUUCCAGCCGCCAGCCCCGCCGGGCCUCGCCCCGCUGAUCGUCGAGGUGCAGAUUGUCCCGAAGGCCAUCUACGACAAGCAAAAAGCGUCGCACCGCCUCUACUCCAUCGCGCGCGCCUCGAACUACGCAUCCUUCAGCGGCAAGAAGACUGCUGUCGAUACCGCGCCCGAGGCGGCCGACGACGGCGGCGACGUCGAGGCGCCGACCGCGGUGCGGCCGGGCCGGCACGCGGAGGUCGCGCGCCGACCGUCCCUGAUGUCCCUGCCGUCAUUUCUUUCCUGGACUCGCACGAGUACGAGGCCAGUAGUGGCGCCCGCGCCCGCCCCGCGACUUGAUGCCCCGACUUGAUGCCCCGUGUGGCCGCGCGCGCGCUUAAAAUUUGUGUGGCUUUGCGUUGUUGGUCUUAUCAGCGCCCGCGCGCGCGAUUUUAUCGUGGUCGGGGCUCGGCGCGCGCCUAUGGGCCUCCGCUCGAGACAACAAAAAAAUAAAUAGGCAAAUGCUUACAUAUGUGGACGAGGCGCCGCCUCAUCGAUCCUCUCCCAGUAGCGA